CCUUUUUUAAGGUUAAGAUUAAGGCCUAAAGGGUAAAAGGUAAGGCUGAGCCGAAAAAAUUUAGAUAAAAUUUUUGGAAAAAAUCUGUCCAAGAUGAACCACAACUGACUUCUUCUUGCUCCUCGCCUCUGUUCUCCAAACGUGGACCUUGAGACUUUCAGUUUGAGACUGACAAAUAAUAAAUAAUAUUAUUACAGAAAUAGAGAUGGUUGGUGGUGUGAACCGUGAAAUAUCAAAGAAGAUUAUUAAGUGAUGAUAGUUGCUUUAAAGGAAAUUUUUUGCGAGUGUCAAAUGCAAAUGCAGCAAUAAUUUAGGUUUUUAGAUAUGAGCUCAUUCCAUUGCCAGCUCCUUCAAGCCAUUCCACUCUCUUGUGCUGCCUCAUCAAAGCCACCCUAUUCACCCCUUGAAGUCCUGGAAACAUGCUCCUCCAUGGCCCACCUCAAGCAACAUCAUGGCCAAUUCAUCAAACUCGGCCUCUCCGCUGACAAUGAUGCCAUGGGCCGCCUCAUCAAGUUUUGUGCCGUUUCUGAAAACGGAGAUUUCGACUAUGCCCUGCACAUGUUCGAUAUAUUACCUCAGCCUGAUGCUUUCAUUUACAAUAUCCUCUUGAGAGGCUACUUGCAACGCCAAGAACCUUCCCGCUGCAUCCUUCUCUACUUGCAAAUGUUGCAUGACUCUGUUUUUCCUAAUAAAUUCACCUUCCCUUCUCUUAUAAGAGCUUGUUCUAUUGAUAAUGCCGUUGAAGAAGGCACCCAAAUCCAUGCCCUCGUCUUCAAACUCGGGUUUGCUGCAGAUGGGUUUUGUCUAAAUAAUUUGAUUCAUAUGUAUGUAAAUUUUCGGGCUUUAGAAAAUGCUAGGAGAGUCUUCGACAAGAUGCCUAGAAGAAAUGUUGUUUCUUGGACCACUUUGAUAAGUGGGUAUGCCCAAUUGGGUCUUGUUGACGGGGCUUUUGAGAUUUUUGAGCUGAUGCCGGAUAGAAAUUCCGUUUCUUGGAACGUCAUGAUUGCUGCUUAUGUGCAGAGCAACCGCUUCCACGAGGCUUUUGCUUUGUUUAAUAGGAUGAAGGCUGAGAAGGUGAUGCUGGAUAAGUUCGUGGCAGCUAGUAUGUUGUCAGCAUGUACAGGUUUAGGAGCUCUUAAGCAAGGCAAAUGGAUACAUGGUUAUAUACAAAACAGUGGGAUUGAACUCGACGCAAAACUUGCUACAACUAUUAUCGAUAUGUACUGCAAAUGCGGGUGCUUGGAGAAAGCUUAUGAAACCUUUAAAGGUCUGACUUCUAAGGGGAUUUCUUCAUGGAAUUGCAUGAUUGGGGGCUUUGGAAUGCAUGGAAAGGGAGAGGCUGCCAUUGCACUUUUCAAGGAAAUGGAGAAGGAGGGAGUGACUCCCGAUAACAUCACCUUUGUGAAUAUCCUUAGUGCAUGUGCUCAUUCAAGGUUGGUUGAGGAGGGCCGCUAUUACUUCCUUUACAUGAAUGAAGUUCAUGGAAUUGAACACAGAAUGGAGCAUUACGGAUGCAUGAUUGAUUUGCUGGGAAGAGCUGGAUUACUAGAUGAAGCAAAAAAAUUAAUUGAUGAGAUGCCCAUGAGCCCUGACGUAAGUGUACUAGGUGCUCUUUUUGGGGCUUGUAGGAUCCAUGGAAAUAUUGAGUUGGGAGACCAGAUAGGAAAGAGAGUAAUUGAACUGGAGCCAGAGAAUAGUGGACGCUAUGUGUUGUUGGGUAAUCUAUAUGCCACCGCCGGAAGAUGGGAAGAUGUGGGUAAUGUGAGGAGAAUGAUGAAUGACAGAGGAGUGAAGAAGGUUCCUGGCUUCUCUGUCAUUGAAUUGGAAGGUGUUGUUAAUGAAUUUAUUGCUGGAGGAAGGGCGCACCCCGAAACUAAAGAGAUAUAUGCCAAAGUUGAUGAGAUGCUGGAAUGUAUAAGAUCAGUUGGGUGUGUUCCGGACAGUACUGAAGGAGUAAUGCAUGAUGUUGAUGAGGAGGAGAGGGAGAAUCCUUCAUACUAUCACAGUGAGAAGCUUGCCAUUGCCUUGGGGUUGUUGAAGACUAAACGAGGGGAAACAUUUCGCAUCACAAAAAAUCUUAGAGUUUGUAAAGACUGUCACCAUGCUAGCAAGCUUAUCUCAAAGGUUUUUGAUCGUGAAAUAAUUGUUAGGGACAGGAAUCGGUUUCACCAUUUCAAAGAUGGAGAGUGUUCCUGUAAAGAUUUCUGGUAGUACAGGGUGGUGAAGUUAGAUUUGAUUUGAGCAAGACUUUUUUUUGGUCUUUAACAACAACUUUCUUCUAGUUCUCCAUCAUCUUUCAUCUUGGAUUAACAGUUAUCUAUCAACCUAAUGCUUUUUAUGAGUAGUUUAAUUGAAGUAAUGAAAUGUUAAUGAAUAUCAAACACCUAUCUCACCUCCUAAUAUCAGAAUUCAGAAGACGCAUGAUAACAUUCAUUUUAUUUGAUUUGUUAGCUUCAAAAAUGUAAUCUAAUCUACUAGUAAAAUUUUUUAAGCUAACAAAACAAAUGAAAAUGAAUGUUAUCAUAUGUCAUUUGAGCUCGAGGUGGGACAAAGUGUUUGAUAUCCAUUACCAUUACAUUACUUCAAUCAAUCUACUUAUUAUUAUUUGUAAAAUUAUUGGAAAUGGUUACUUACUACUACAAACAAAAGUCAUAG